CCGUCAACGUGCUAUUGUGUUGUUUACUUUCUUAUUAAAGCCCACCUCAUUUCAUGACUAAUGGCAGCAAAUUACUCUUCAAAAAGGCCCUCCAGAGGAGAAGGAGGACACGAACUAAGCUUCUACCUUAAAAAUACAAGAGAGCUCAUUAAAACUGGGGGCGUGGGAGGAGUGUCAAGCCACGCCCACUUUAAAGGAAAUGAAUGGACCAAAAAGAAAGAAGAAACUCUCAGUAAAGAAGAGCUUCUGUCAGACAAAGAGGAGACUACGUUAUCAAGCGAAUCAAACUCUGGAUCACUGAUUGAAUAUAAUAAGCGGCGAACAUUGUUGAACCACACCCACCUAGAGACUGUGAGUGGGCGUGAUCGGAGCAUGACUUCCGAAAAUGUAGAAUCAUGGAUGGAGUCAUCGUCUGACGAAGAAGAGAAUUCGUUACUAAAGAACGUUCAAUUUCAAGUUAGUGAUGAGGAGAGUGACCGAUCAGCAGAUGAUGGUAGGCGGGGUUUAGAGGCGGGGUCUAUUGUGCUAACGAUUAAUGACCUGAUGUCUGAGGAUGAAAAUGGAAAAAACACUAAAAUGAAUUUCAAGAUGGAAUCUGAUGUGUCACUUGCAUCUAAAAAUAGCACAGAUGAAUACGAGGAAGAGUCUAUUUAUAGUAACACCCAAACUGUCACUGAUAGGGAGGAGGAAGAGUCAAUUAAAACUGACAAUGGAGACCUAUUGGCAGAUUACAGCUCUGACGAUUUUGAAGAAGAUGAUGACGAUGAAACUUUAGUUGGUUCUUCUUCAAAUUUAGAUGCAAGUACACGCCCACAUUCAUUACCACGGCAACCCGAUACUCUUAAAAACAUUGGCACACAGACAGACGGUGAGAGAGAGGUAGAAGAGAAGACGUCUUUCCUGUUGCCUCCGGUUGAUGGAGGACAUUUAAACACGACACCAUUGCUCCCUCAUAUUGUAAGACCAGAAGCAUUAGAAGUCCUGGCUGGUUAUUCUCCUGCACUGCUGGCCAUUAAAGACCUCACUAACUCGCAGCUGGCUCUAACAAGACAUUUCAUUGCUAGAGCACAGUGUCUCUCUGACUCAAUACUGACCUCAACUCAACCUGACCAUCAGUACGUUACACUGGAUGGGACUCAAGAGUACAUAAAAGCACAUAAGCCCAAGGUCCUGUCCUACAGCGAAGCUUUGGAACGCGUUAAAAGGAAGGAGAGACAACAGAAUUGAAUUCUUUUCUAAAUUUUUUAUUAAUAAAUAAUAUUUAUUUAGAUCAGCAAUGAUUAUUUUUAGCACAAA